UAUUGCCAGAUCACUUCAACGUCCGCUCCAAAAUUUUUCGCGCAUCCAGCUUGGUUGAACCUCACUGCAUAUUUUCAAAUCCUUUUCCCUCAUAUUUAACCAGCUACAUCAUUUUUAUUCUGCAUUCCUUUGUAUUCAUUAACUGAAUACUAACAUUGCAUUAAUAUUUUAACUUAGUAUUAUUGAUUCAAAUUAUUAUGAAUCCUGAUCAAAGCAAUAGCAGUAACGUUAGUGGGCGCAAGAUUCUCACUCCCAAACGUAGACUUAAUAGAAGUAAUUCAAAUUCUUCAGCUGGUAGUGCCGGUAGUUUAGGGUCUUGGACAAAUAUUUCAGCAGCUGAUGGUUCUUUAGCUGGUUUUGGUAGUGCUUCUGGUACAAAUAAUACGCGCUCUCCGGCGACCACAUCCCAAUUCAGCUUUGGUGGCUCCCCUAAUCCCUCUUCAUCUAUGCCGGCCUUCACUUUUGGUCAAUCAGCGCCUUCCAAAUCACCGUCUGCACCUACUGGUUUCAACUUUGGCUCGUUCAGUAGCCCCUCUGUAAGUAAAGCUAAUGAUAGCUCUACCAGCACCACGUCCACCACAUCACCUUUCACUUUUGGACAGUCGACUUCCACAGUUGGUGGCAACUCUCUUCCAAAUUUAACUUUCAGUUUUGGACAGCCAGCAACUUCCUCUAGUAUGGCCAGCAGUAUGCCUGCAUUCACCUUUGGACAAACAGCAUCUUCAACUUCCUUUGGAAACAAGCCUGAGUCCUCCAAUGAAUCCACAGGUAGUAAACCAGCCUUUUCAAUUAAUUUCGGGGCCUCAACUGCAUCAUCGUCCAGUGGUAAACCAGCAUUUUCUUCAGAGCAACCUUUACUGUCGUCGACGGCAUCUAAUACAGACAGUAGCUCAAAACCUACUGUAACAUCUGGAAGCAAUGUAUCUGCUGCGAGCAAUACCUCUACUACUAUGCCAUCCUUUACAUUUGGCGCUGUUCCUACAUCAACCGCCUCAAUUAGCUCUGCUGCUCAAGCCGCAGGCAGCAAACCAGCUUUUACAUUUGGAUCUAUGUCCAGUUCUUCCUUUAGCACUGCUACUACUGCUAGUACUAACAGUCAACCAAUCUUUACUUUUGGGGGUUCAUCAUCGUCAUUGACGACAGCCCCUACUGCAAAGCCAGCAUUUACUUUUGAAUCUACCUCUACAGCAACAGAUGACAAAAAAGAUACAACUGCAGGUGCACUUAUUGCAACUACUUCCGAAAAGAAGGCCGAUACUGACGCAAAAGGCAGUGAUACGAAAGCUACGGAUUCUGUUUCCAAAAAAGAAACUCCAGCAGUAGCUAAACCUUUUGCUAGCUUUACAUUUGGAAGUCUGCCAUCAUCUUCCCUGACAAAAGAUAAACCGCCAAUGAGUAAUGAUUCCACUGAGACUGCAUCUACAACCGCAGCAACAGAAGACAAAGCUAAGAAUGAAACAGAUAAAGAAGAAGGCUCUGGACAACAAAAGGAAUCUAGCAAGCCAACUGCAUCAACAUUCUCUUUUGGUACCAUUACCGACAAAUCACUUGAUAAAAGCAGUAUGACCAGCCCUUUCAUCUCUCCUCCAACAAUAACUAGCUCAGCAUCGGAAACAGAGUCACGAAAGAGGCCCUUCGCUUUCAACUUUGGCGAGAGCAGCGCUCAACCCAAUAAGAAGCAAGAAAGUACUCCAUCAUUGGUUCUUCCGGCCAAGUCCAAGAAAAGAGGGCAUGAUGAUGACGACGACGAUCAUCCUCGUUUUAAAAAGCAAAUGGGUCAACGUGAUAGUACUACCAACAAGCCUUCGUUCUCAUUUGGAGAACCGCCUACUGCCAUUGACUCCUCUUCAUUGAGUUCAAAGGCUUUAUUGCAUGGUAAUUCUCCCUUGAGAACUUCUACUGUUUCAAUCGAGUUUGAAGAUGACGAUAGUAAAAAAGCGCCUUCUAAAGAUGCAAAUGACAACGAGCAACUUGUUUUUGGCGAGUCUGAUGAAAACGAAGGGUCAGAUAAAGAAGAAGAGCGUAAGAAAGACAAAUCACCUAUUUCUCAGGGUAGUUCCAAAUUUGCAGCUUCAGGCACUGGUGCUCCAAACUCUGCUCCAGUAUUCUCUUUCACCAGCACGACAACCGAACCGAAGAAUACUUCUAAGGAAUCAUUUUCUACAGCCAAAAAGCCGUUGUCCUCUGAUACCACUACUUCUGCCACGAGCUCAACGGAAAGGAGUUCUUUUACCUUCCCCAGUAUAACUGCAGAUAAGGAUAAGGAGCCUAGUGAUGCAAAUAAGAAAGCGGACAAGUCGACGAAAGAGGAUAAAGCAAAAAGUGGCAGCAGUAAAUUAUCUUCGUCCUCAUCAGCGGGUGAUGAAAAAGGAAAUACCCAAGGUUCAGUCAAACUUGCUUUCAGUAAGGUGGAUGAUACUUCCAAAUCAAAUGGUACCAUCACACCUUCAUUAAAAUCAAGCACCAAGCAACCAGAGCCUCUUAGUCUUGUUCCUCCUACCAAGUCUGUCUUUACUAAUCCAUCCGAAACAACAUUAAAAACGACAAUCCAAGAGCCAAGCGAUAUUUUACAUUCAACCAAAACGUAUGAACUUCCCAUGAAUGCUAUGACUGAACUUGGUCAAAUUGCUGAGUUUAUAUUCUCACGGGCAAAAAAGCGUGAUAGUAUUCAAUCCGUAUUAGAUGGCCCUCUUCCCAACUUACUUACAGAAAUAGCCGAAGAAACGCGUAACUUAUCGAAUGAUAGUGAUACUCUUGCAUUGAAAUUGAAUGAUGUUGACGACUAUCUCAACGAAAUGAAGCACAGAAUUAAACGGAAAUUCUCACAAAUGUAUCGCUCUGCACAGAUCCUAAAAGGCGAACAAAUAUAUAUGCCUUCUGAUGAUAUUCAUUUCUUGGAGGAAGCGGAAGAGCUAGCAAGGACUGCUCAGAAUUUGGCCAAGAUGGUCGAUGAAAUCCAUGAAACGUUGACCAGUUACCAACAAACAGAUAGUGGCAAUUAUACACCUGAACAAAUCGGCUCUAUUUUAAACAAACAGAGUCAAGCUUUGCUUUCACUAGCAGGCGCAGUUAACGAAAUUCACGCCACUGUGCAACAGACCAACAGUUUCCCUAAACAUUGAAGCAAAAGCAACAUACUACUCCCUGUACAAAGCUGAUUACUAUAUAUAUAUAUAUAUAUAUAU